AUUAGUUGAAAAAGCAGAGAGUAAUUUGCUAAGGAAAAAUAAGGAGCAUUUGAAGAUGAGAUAUAAACCUGUAUUCUGAAACACUUUGCUCUCACCACGACUAUUUCAAAAGGCCACAGAGACGAUUAGCCGGGUUGCCUAGAGUGUUUCUCCAGUCAAAAAUGUAGAAAUUUUGUUUAUCUGUCACUAGAACCAUAAAAACACCCUCAAAAACCCGCGUAACUUCAACUAGAGCCUUUCAAAAGAGGAGGUGGUGCGGCGCUCAAGUGCUUUCGAAUAUGGUUCAUAACAAAGAGAGAGAGCGCCAAUUCACAGUACCCUCUAUUAUUUUUCUCCUCCUCCUCCUCCUAGUCACUCCCGCCACCUACAGGGACUCUACUAAACUAACCACAUACACACCGUUCCCAUCUCACCACCCACACUACACUACAGUACACUUUUGCGUGCGUGCGUGUGCGUGAGUGGGUGUGUGCGUGCGUUACCGUUACCAAUAUGAAAGGCCUGGCAGUGACGGUGGUGGUAAUGGUGAUGGUGGUAGUGGAGGGUGUUACGCUGACGAAGGAUAAAGAAAAGGAUGUAAUAGAUAGACUAACAAGUGAACUGGAUGCAUUACUUAAGGAUUUUCUGAAGGAGCGAAGGAUACCAAAUGACUUUCUACACCCACAGGACUCCUCUUUGUAUCCUCCUAAUGGCGCGAGCUUGACAGAACUUGAAGAUCCUUACUUCCUGAAGGAGUGGACAGCAUCACAGCAGGAUACGACAGCACAGAGCCACAGAACAGCAGAACCUAUCACAGCAGCAUCACCAGACGCAACCAGAACCGCCACAGCAUCACAGCGCAUCACCAGAACCCCGGAAACAGAACACAGAACCAUCGCAUCACCACCACACACUAACAGAACCACCACAACACCUCCACACGCUAACAGAACCACGAAAGCUCAACACAGAACCACGCCAGCAACAAAAACAACAAAACAUCGAAGCAAAACAGAGGUGGAAAUGAAAAAGCAGAUCCACACUCACUCGAAACCCGUGGAAAACUUCAGAAAACAGAAUUUAACAGACUUGAGAGAAUCGGCAAGCGUUAUCGAGACCAGGACAAGACGCCGGGCACUCCCAAAUGUUAUCUAUCGUCGGAGGAAACCCGCGGUGCAUUGUGGGAGUGGUAUUGGAGGCAGUGUGUUCUCCAGCAGUAGCGGCGCAAUGGCCUAUAUCAGCUUUAUUGUGAAUGCCAUUGCCCUUGUAGUGAACAUCAAUAACAAUAUCAAUAAUAAUAAUAAUAACAACAAUUUGAAUAGUAAUAAUAAUGUGAAUAGUAACAAUGCUAAUCUUAACGUCAACAGCAACAAUGCAAACCAGGUGAACAUCAUGCCUCCGGGGGGCAAGAGGAGACGCAGGCAGGUCAGCGCGAGCCAAACACCGCCGCUGAGCCAAGCACCGCCCGAGAUCACCGCCUUCCUCGGGUAA